AUGGCCGAAGUCACGGCGCUAAAAAAUAUGCAAAACGGCGGACAGUGCGGCGUGUUUCGACAUUUUCUGGAUGUGCUGGAAGCUGAUGGGCUCUACGAUAUUGUCGUGAAUAUCUUUGUUACCAUAUUCUACCCAAUACAUCUAACAAUCGGUCUAUUUCUGGUGCCUACGCUAGCGGAUAUCUUCAAAAACUUGGUCAUAAUUAUAACGGAUGUAGCUUGCAGCACAAAGCAUUUUCUCUUUCGUUACAAGCAGCCGAAAAUUCGCGAUAUCCAGCAUUUACUAAAGGAACUAGAUGAGCGUGUUGUGGCGCCAGAUGAGCACAACUACUUCAAUACAACGAGAGCUAAUGUACCACGUUUGUGUGUGAUGGCGGGUCAGUUGCGUUUGCUGGCCAUGCGUAUGUCAAAGGUCGGCUAUGAUGUGUUGAAGACACUCGUCGUGCUCGACCGUGAUGUGAAUCAAUACAUCGAGGAUCACAAGAAGCUAUUGAAGUGA